ACAGAUAACAAUCACUGGGAUGAGGGCACCUUGAGACAUUAUCAACCAACCAGAACAUUAACAACAAAACCUGAAUUCAGCAAUACGGGGUUGGAACAACAUGAGGGUAAGUAAAGGAUUUUUUUCGUUGAACUGAGUUUAUCGCUAAAUUGGGCUUUUAUUUUGAAAGCAAGAGACAGCCUUAUUGAGGACUUUUAUUUUGCUUUCCAGCAGAGCCACGGGUUCCUUUAGUAGGUCAGACCAGAUGGCUCCCGGAACAAUAAUGUCAAGCUGAAACUAAACUCCUUUAGCCGAUGAGCUGUUUUGAUUAUUAUCUCUUUGAGUAAUUUUGUUUUGCUCGUUCAAACACCACCAUAGCCUUUAGAAUGGAGAUCGAUGAUUUAUCAUGAAACUCCGCGCGCAGUAUGACAGAGGAACAUAUAGCGAGUCCAGAAGAGCGUUUAAACUGAGGGAUUCACCUGAUCCGAUGCGAACCGAUCCCAGCCCGCAGGGAGGGAACGGACUGACAUUAACCCUGCAGCCGGAGCUGCUCGCCCGAAUGCCUGGAGCUGGAAGUUCCAGCGGGCCGGAAUCAGACGAGGAUGUCCGGGUUCCUAUAGGUAGCUCACCGGGGUCCACAAGUGGACGUGGCGCGACCUCGUGGAGGCUGAGAGCAGCGAGCCACAGCCACUCCCAUUCCCAUUCUCACGGACACACGCACAGCCAUGAGCACGAGGCGGACCCGGAAUCCGGAGAAUCCAGCAGCUCAUUAUCGGAGCUGCACUACCUCCUGCGCUGGCUCAAGAAAAGUCUUCCUUUCAUAGUUAUUCUCUGUGCGAAACUAGUCAUCCAGCAUGCCCUGGGUCUGGCUGUUGCAGUGGGUUUGUUUACCACUUUUAUGUAUGUCAACAAAAGCAUUCAAACGCAAGUCUUUCUCCACGACCGAAGGACAAAGUUGCAUUGUGCCUGGCUCUUGCUUUUCCUCACAUCCUCCAGUCUCCUUGUGUUCUACACUUUUCACACUCAGUCACUUUAUCUCUGCCUCAUUUUUGCCAACGCUACAAUAGAUUCACAGAACUUUUGGGAGGUUUUAUGGUGCGUCGGUGUGACUAACUUCAUUUUGAAGUUUUUCUUCAUGGGGCUCAAGUGUCUAAUUCUCCUCAUCCCCUCCCCGCUCAUGACAUACCGGCGAAGGGGUCAGUGGUACAUGCUCAUAGAAGAGGUGGGUCAGUUGUAUCAGGUGAUCGCUCCUGUCCCACUUUGGUUCCGCUAUCUGGUCAGCUACAAUGAGAUGGACACCUCAGUGGGUCUGACUCUGGGAAUCCUGCUAGCCUUGCUCUACCUCAUAAUGAAGCUUUUGGCCUUGUAUGGACUGUCAGGAUCAUUGCAAAAAACAUUACGGACUUUUUUUAGUUCUGAGGUGAACGGCGCUUCAGCCAGUCCUGCUCAGGUUAGAGAGGCAGGUGACAUUUGUCCGAUCUGUCAGGCUGAUUUUAAGCAGCCUCGGUUCCUCAUGUGUCAGCAUAUCUUCUGUGAGGAGUGCAUCGCCCAGUGGCUUAACCAGGAGAGGACCUGCCCCCUGUGCCGCACUGUCAUCACAGACAAGGUGCAUAAGUGGAAAGAUGGUGCAACAUCAGCUUAUUUUCAAAUCUACUGAAAUCUCACCAAAAGGAUGGAGACACAUUGUUGUGACCAGCAGUGGAUCCACAGAAUAUGGAUUGUUUUAUCCUCUCAAACAUCUCCGUUGAGCAAACAGCACUUGUUAUAAGACAAAAGGCUCUAGAAAAAGCUCCAGUUUGAGUUUUUAUAUAUAUAUAUAUAUAUAUAUCUAUAGAUAUAUAGAUAUAUAUAUAUAUAUAUAGAUAUCUUGUCAAAAGGACAAGUGCAGCUCUUGUAUUCUUAUUAUUAUUACUAUUAUUUUGCAUGUGGAGCUCCCAUAUUUUUUAGUGUUUAUAAUUUAUAUUCCUCUUUGUGUUCUUGCAAUAUUACUAAUUACCUUCUGGGUGUAAACAGAAGAAUACAGUGGAGAUAAAUAGAUUUCUUCAUAUUGUAUUUGUGGAGAAAACACUAACAAAUAACAUAGCAGAAAUUAAUUUGUUGACUCCCUAAAUGUAUUUAAAAAAAAAAUUUCAUUUUUCAUAGAUACUGGUCUUAUCGAUCCAUAGUCAGAUACUGUGGUUUUCGAAACUGAACUUUUCUUAAACACUUUUAUGAAUCCAAUCAUAAGGAGUUUUGAAAAAUUCUGGAUUUUGCGUUCCAGUAUUCUGGUUUCUUUAGUAAUAAUCUGAAUGUGAGGUAAUUGCACUUGAACUACUGAUUUAUCAAAUGAUGUAGCAUUAGAAUUUUGGAACCAUGUGAUUUUUGUGACUGAACAACAUACAAUGGCUUUUGAAUUAUUAAAAUGUUACUGUACCUGCUAAAUGCAUUUGUAAUUCAGGCCCUUCACAGAUACAUGGUAUUUUUCUAAUCAUGUUGCACUUACAUUGUAAUAAACCAAAGCGUUGAUGAAGAAAUAUCUAUUUUAGUACAAUCAUACAGUAUGCAGUUAUAAUUGUAUUUUUAUCCAGUAUAUUUGACCAAAUACAUUUUAAAAACCUUUAAAAAGUGUCACUGAAAUUCUUUGUCCAGUAAAUGCAGGGUUGCUUGGUAAAUGCUCAAAUUCAACUUUGUUGAUUUUGUAGAAUUCACUAGAGGUUAAAUUAAAAUGAAUUUUAAAAUAAACACAAGCAAUCACAAAACACCAGAUCUGAAACAAUCUCAUGUAAUUUUGUACUUUAUAUCUAUUCAUUUUUUAAACCAAACGUGCCACUGUCUAAUAACCACAGCAUUUAAAAUGCAAAAUGAAUCCUCAUCUGCAUCUCAAUUCUUUUCACAGGCGUUUUCGUUUCACUUUAGAAUCAGGACGUUUCAGAAUUUGUUCCAAUUCUAAUGUAAUGGAGUACUACAGAUUUUCAAUUA